AUGUACGGCUCCGCCCCUUUUGGAUGUAAAAGUAGGAAACACUUCCUAUUCAUUCAUUCUCAUUCCAUUUCAGUUACUCAGUUGAUCUCAGCUCAACCAACAAUGCUUUCCCUGGUCCGUAAGAAUAUCGUGCUGUCGCCAGAGAAUGUGAAGAAAUUAGUGCAGCGGUGUAUUUCGAAAGAGCUUAUCCCAGUCGACUGGAAAUGCGAUAGAUCGGAUAUCCACGAAAACCUCGAGUCCCUUCUGGAAUACUCCCGUGGCAAGUUAGGAAUGUUCGAAAACGUUAACACACUUUUCCAAGCACUUGCCAACUUCCUUGCUGCACCUGGAUGUGCUAAUCUGCUCCAAUUUGAUGGAAUUUACAUGACAUUGCCUCGAACUCACUACAGUAUCAAAGGAGGUGAAUAUAUCUACAAGACAGAAGUUCUUGAACUUCUUUCUCUCCCCAUUCCAUGUCCAUUCAAAGAUUGGCAAGCUGACCUGGUUCGAUUGGCUAUGAAGAGUCGUCUGAAGUGUUUCGAAGCCGAAUGGAGAUCCCGAUUCAAUUCAAACUGUGAAAUGAUCAGAGUAGACGUUGGAACUCUCAAAAACUACGUUGACGAAUUGAUUAAGCACUCGAGAGCAUUGUCCUGCAACUCUAGAACGUGUGUGCCUCCUCUGCCGGAUUUUUCCAACCCAACGAUCGAAGUCGAGUCUACAGAUGGAUGCUAUGAAAUUUUGAAAUCUUUCGAUAAAAAAUAUCCAAUUGCAAAAAACAAGACUUUCUACGCUCGAAUGUUCUCCUGGAUUGCAACCGUUGGUAUACAAUUUAAAAGUAUCUUGGAGGAGAGUUUCAUCUCUGCUGAUGAUUCCAAAGCUACUGUCAGAUUGUUCAAGAUUGGAAAGGAGUCUUAUGUUAUGGCUCAUGAGCUCCUCCAAUCGAUGAAAAAUAAGAAUAUGGAUGUAUCAGAGUUCGAGGACGAAAUUCUUCAAAUGACUAACUUGGCAACUUUCAAUUUCCGAGAAGUCGCUCAAAAGGGGAAGAUUGAAGACAUGAAGAACAUUGAGUUCAUUCGAAUUAACAACAGAGAAUCCACGGUCACUUCCAUCCCAAUCCCAGCGCCAGAUGAUACUUACUGUGUCCCUUCCAGUGAUGCUCUCUACGAUCUGAUUAGUGAUAUGAUUGUGGCCAAGAAAGUGUUGCAGCGAAUCGAUCGAAACCAGUUUGUGCAUAUUGAAAAAUUCUUCAAGAUUAUGGAGAUCAUCUUCCCUGUCGAAGGAGGUGAUUUUUUUAUCAGUUUGAACGAUGUGGAAUGGAUCAAAGCAAAGUGGGAGAAGACAUAUGAAGAGCAUUUGAAAUCGUCAGCACCUGUCAAACAUAUUCGGAAGGUCAGAAAAGGAGGAUUCACAGAAGAUGAUUUGGAUAAAGAACUCGAGUACUUGAAUCUCUAUAACUGUUUCCCCGAGAUGAAGCGAGAGGUUGAAUGGGCCUAUAAGGUAAUCACCCAAGAGAGAAAUUCUACAUUGAAGCUUGAAGAUAUGCACUCCGCCGUCUUUCAAUGCCAAAUGACAGUUCUAUUGGAAAACCUUCCCAACCUUUUUAAGUUUCUGCACAGCCAAAAGAUGUGCAUGAAAUGGGUUCCAUAUUUGGGAUGUGUGAUGUGUGAGAUGCCGAGAUUGAAGCAGCUUCUGAAUGUCCAGUCGCGAACCGAAAAAGAGAUCAAGGAACUGAUGGAAAUGACUACCGUUUCCGUGGUACCACAGCCACUAAAAGAAGAUAACGUCAUCGUUGAAGAAAAGAGACAAGAAGUUUCAACUGAGAUCCAGAAAAAGAAGCGAUCCAGAAAGACGAAGAAGUCUGAAAAAACCAGUCAAGCUACAUCGGAAUCCCCUUCCACUCCAGAACCAGGAAUGCCAGAAGCCUCAAAGGAAUCCCAAACUUGUCCAAAGUGCUCCCGAGCAAGUCAUUUUGCUGAUGUGGCAAAUGAGAAGCUGAGAGUUUCCAAAGUCGAGUGUAAGCAUCUGAAGAAAGAGUUGGCAAAUGCAGAGCUGGAAGUUGAGAUUCAGAAACAGAAAGGAAUGGACAAAGAUGAGAGAAUCAGAAUUCUAGAGGAAAUUAUAAAAUCCAAGGAUAACAUCAUCGAAAGGCAGAACAUAGAUCUACUUGCAAAGCAAGACACGAUUUUGAAUUUUGAGAUGGAGGUGGAAUCUAAAAACAACAUUAUUCAAGAGAAGUCAACAACCAUCAAGAAUCUUGAAAAAUCUCUCGCAGAGAAGAAAGACAAAUCUUCAGAAGUCAGGAUUAUUGAACCAACUAGAAGUGCCGAUGAGACUGAGAAAGCUAGAGAUAUCCUUUUCAAACUUCUAGAAAUCCAAGGAACCCUUCGAAGCGGAAACCCAAUUGGAAAAUGCAGAGAACUUGGUCAUCGUCUAUCCAUGAAUGCGAAGAACAAGGAAAUCGAAGAUGCUACACGAGUCGAAGUCUACCGGUUCUGUGAGCAAGCUAAAAUCUACAUUCGAGCAGUAGACAGACAGCUGAAAAUGAUCCGUGGAAGCUACCGAACCAAGCUAGAAGAGAUUCCAGAGCUCCCAGAGUUUCCGGCUUUUUCUCGAGGAUUCCGAAAAGCUUACAUGAAUGUCGUCAAGUCGGAAGUUCCAAUUAUUUGCCAAUCGCUGCUGAAGACUCCAGAAGUGAAACCAGGAGAGCUAGCUGACACUGAUUGCUUGAUCUGCAUCGAGGAAAUGGAGUCGGAAGAAGGAACAAUCAAAUGCGAGUGCUGUAACAGAAGAUACCACACCGAGUGUGUUCAAGAGUGGUUCAAGACGAAGAGAACGUGUCCUGCAUGCAGUUCAGCGCUUUUGGAUGAUUCCGAAUUUCCAAAAUUGGGUCAGAGAUGA